AUGUCAUCAAAAUCGUCAAGUAACCCUGUACCGACCAAACGUAAAGUGCAGAUUAUUCAACAAACUCCACCUUCUCCAUCUCCAACGCCAGCAAAACAAAUAAAAAAAGAGCCAGUAGAAGAAAAACUCAAGACUCAACGACGACAUGAACUGUCAGAAGAUGAUGUUAUCCGUUCACGUCUUCUCUACGAAGGUGAUCAAGGUAUUGAUGAUCGACGUAUCUUAAUACUGAUGAAAACAUUUAAUAAGUGUAUCUUCGAUCGUCCAUCGAAUCCCGAUGAAAGUCAUUCAAUUAGUGAGAAAUUACUUUCAUUACUCUACUCCGUCGAACAUUCUCAUCGUCUGUUCAAAUCGACUUAUGAAAUGGAUGAACGCGAGCAAUUAUGCUAUGCCGCUAAGAGCAAACGUUUAAACGAACAACUUGUACAGUUACGUCAAGAGCUUGAACGUAGUGAACUACUGUUAGUCGAUGCGAAACAAAAACGCUUGAAUCUACUUGAGUACGAUGCACGAACAGAUAUUAUCAAUAAACUAGGCACACGACGAGAGUUGCGCGCACAACAAGAUGCAACAUUAGAGAGAAAACACUAUUUCGAACAUUUACAACAAACAUUUGAAACAACUUAUCAACAACGGUUGAAACAGAUAGCUGUAUAUAUGCGACCAAUUUUUGAACUAGAAGAAAUUUUACGACAAGAUGCUCAUGAAGAUGUUUCUGCCGAUGGUUCCAAUGAAUCACCUGCAGAUCAACACGCGCCAUCUUUGACGCCAACUGUCAGAACUGAACGACAACGAGCGAAUUCGGACUCAUCAACUGCUUCUAUGGAUGCUGAUGAUGCCAAUUCUGCCUCGCGCUCAAAAAAAUCACAUAAAAAUCACCUUGGUCUGAAUUCUUUGUCGAGUUCGUUGACAAACAAUCAACCACAAGCAUUAUUUUCCACAGAAACGGAAUUGUUUGGCACUCAACUUGUUAAUCCAUUGUUACUAUUAUCUCCUUCAAAUAUUUCUUAA